UUUUUUUUCUUCCUUUCUACCGUAGAGAUGCUGCAAUCAUUGACAGCAAUAGCUUUGAACUCAAUUGAACGAAUACCUUCCCCUUUUGGUACUGCUGAUAGAUCCUUUGCUGCAAGACUUAUUUACUUUAGGGCCUAAUGGCUUUUAUUCAAUUAUUGUAACACUGUCCAGUGACUCCGACUUGGAAUCUCAUCCUAUUUCCACUAGCGCUAUGCAUUGCUUUUCUAUUUUGAACAGGAUGCUUCAGGAUGUUGACUCGCAUGAUGUAUCCUUUGAGUUUGAAGUGCCUUGCCAAUCUUACGUCCAAGAACCGAUCUCUGACAAAACUCCUGAACAUGACCCAGCCAAUACAAGCAGCAAUAGUAGCUACGACGCGUUUCCUGAGCUUGCAAGAGAGCUAAAGAUCGAGGAUAUCGAUGAUGGAGUGCCAGAAGAGUCAGAUGAGGAAGAGGAGGAUUCGGAAAAAACAAGUAAGGUUUCCAGCAGCAUGACUGAGGUAGAUAAAGACCAAGGAUUGUUGAAGCCCAAAAGCAAAGAUGACAUUGAUUCGAUCAAAAAAGACAAAGGAAAGGGGGGAUCUUCCAUUAAUUCUUCCGCAACCACCAUUGAGGUCGUUACUGCGCAUAAGAUUGUCUUGUCGCAAUUUGAAUAUUUCCGUACCAUGUUUUCAAGUUCAUUCGCAGAGGGUGGCCCAGGAGCGAAAACGAUUAGGAUUAAAGACACAGACCCUCAGUGCUUCCGCAUAUUGAUUGAACAUCUCUAUUUGGGCCAGCUGACUUCAAAUAUGGAGCCCAGGAUCACGACAGAGGACUUUGUUCAAGAAAACGUUCCAACAUGGGAGGAUGUUUACUUGGUAGCAGACCGAUAUAAUGUAACUGAAUUGAGGGACAGAGCAGCUGAACGAAUUUUGAGGAACCUGAGCACUGCCUGGGUAGUUCCAUUCCUGUUCAGGACCGCUUAUUUAUUUGAGGAUCUAAGGUUGCCCGUAAUCAAAUAUAUUGUCCAAUUUUGUAUGAGUUCUGUGGCGGCAAAGGAUGCUUUGGCGAAAUAUUAUGAGCAUGAAGAAUGCAGCUCAAUUAUGGCCGACAUCUUGAAAGAGCUCUGGACGGCGAAGACGAAUACUGCCUCGAAGUAAAUAAUGCAGAAUAAAGUUUAUUACCAAAGCAAUAAUAAAAAGCAUUGUUAACUAU